AUGAAGCAGAGAAAAGCUUGACUGUCCAAUUGGCCAAAGUGCCCCCAAGGUAAAAGUAAUGGUCAUGUCAAAUAGGGGUUUAUCCUUAGGAGCAAUAAUACUCAAGUUUCCCCCAUGUCCUAGAUUUGCCCCCUCAUUCAUUGAAUUUAAAUCCACAUGUCUCGUGUGUAAGUCCACUUCAACAUCAUAUCUUGGUGAGCUUAUAAAAGCAUGUUGAGGCCACCUUCUAGAUGGUGGAUGCAUUGCUCCAAAGAGUAAGAAAACAUAGGGAGACUAUAAUGCCUGAUUUUUGAUUUUUUUUUUUGAAGUAGUUUAUGAUACCUACCUGCAAACAAAAAGAAAAAUAAACAAAGUCAGACUAAUGUUAGAAGUCAUCCCAUAAUUUUGCAUGAUUUAGUGCUUCAACAGUUGCUAUAUGGAUUCACACAUUGUCGAUUUCCAAUCCUUAAGAAGCCUCGGAUGAAGCAAAAUAUCUUUGAAUGCCUUGAGAUUUCCAUAGACUCCAAGGGCUAUAGAAAAGACACUUAUAAGCAGUUCAACAUGCAUUACAAAGAUGGUCAUUCAUUACAAAGUAAAAGCCUAGUACAUCACACUAAGUACCUCAACAUGGUAGCAUUCAAGUCCCUAGUAAAAUCUGACUCCUAGAUCUCUCAAAGUAUGAUUGUUCAAUGAGUAGUUGCAUUCCUUUCCUUGGAGAAUCCCUUCAUUGCUAGAGCCAUAUAAAGUGCGAUGUGCUUGAGCUUUUGAUCUUCGAGGUUGCUCUUGGUUCUUGUCCUUUUGAGCUUGCCCCUAGACUUGGCAAUUGUGAAUGAUAUGAGAGAAAUGCUUGCAAUUGGAGAUCUCACCAAUCCUUUGUUGGUCAAAGCUUUCUCCACGGAUGAAUAUUUCAAAAGGUGUCUUGAUUGACAAAGAAUCGCGCUUGACCAUGUAUGAACCCAUAUUUCAAUUGUUGAAGGCAGAGAAUCAAGCAAGAUUAUGGGAAUGCAAGAAAAGAAAUAAACAUGGAUGCUAAACAACAGAUGAAGGAUGAGAGAACAUGAAUAUGCUCUAAAGUGAUAAUGUGUGUGGAGUUGUAUCCUAAAGCAUGCAUUUUUCGGAAUGCACGAAAAGAAAUAACCAUGAAUGGGAAAUGAGUGAUAAAGGAUGCAAGAAUAUAAAUAUGCUGACAAGUGAUAAGGUGUGUGAAAUUGUAUACUAAAACAUGAAUUUUCUUCAAGUAUGCAAAUUUCAAAGGAGCAGCUGGUGAUUCACUAUUGCAAACACUAAAUUGGCAUUCAUGGGAAAUAUCAUUUGAAAAGAAAGCAAAUGCCAUGAA